AAUUGGUUGGGGUUGUAAGAUAACCGUCGGAUUCAAAUUCGAAUUAAAGAGGAGCCACAGCAUCUGAACGGCUCAGAUUCCAUUUCUCUUUCUUUUCUCCCUCAAUUUCAGAGAUCGCCAACGAAGAAAAGCAUCCGCCUUUCCCAGAAACGGUGACGAUAGAGAUAGAGAAAGAGAAGAAGAGAGGGAGAGACUUCAGGGGCCCGAUUUGGUUUCCCCGAAGAAGAAAAAAAAAUCAAUUUUCGUCUUUCAACAUUCUUUCCCUUUUCUCUCUUUUCCCAGAUUUGUCUAAUCGAAUCCAUUCUCAUAUCGCUUUUGCUCCUGUUAAUCGAGUUUGAAAGAAAGGAAUUCUCAUUUCCGGGAAGAGAGAUUCUAUAAAAGAAAAAAAAAUAGGGAAGGGGAUUUUUUUGACCUAAUUUUUUUUUCUUUUUUUGAAUUUAGGCGAUUUUGUAUUUUGUUUCUUUUUUUUUAAAUCAAAUUGUGGGUGGAAAUGGAGACGGAUAGUAUGGAAUCGUCGACGAGAAGCAAUCAGAACGAUGAGAUCCAUCACAACGGAGGAACUUUCCACUUCUCUUCCACCAAGAGCCACUCCUCCGCCGCCGCUUCUCCCACCGUCGUUACCAAUAUCGUCGGUCCCACCGCAACUAGCGUCUACGAGCUUCUCGAGUGCCCUGUCUGUACCUGUUCUAUGUACCCUCCUAUCCAUCAGUGUCAUAAUGGACACACGUUAUGCUCGACCUGUAAAGUGAGAGUGCAUAACCGGUGUCCCACUUGUAGACAAGAGCUUGGAGACAUAAGAUGUUUAGCUCUCGAGAAAGUUGCCGAGUCUCUUGAGCUGCCUUGCAAGUUUUACAACCUCGGAUGCCCUGAGAUUUUCCCUUACUACAGCAAACUCAAGCACGAGUCUCUCUGUAACUUCAGACCUUACGGUUGUCCUUACGCUGGCUCCGAGUGUGGUGUCGUUGGAGACAUCCCUUUCCUUGUGUCCCAUCUCAGGGAUGAUCACAAAGUCGACAUGCACGCUGGUUCCACUUUUAACCACCGUUAUGUCAAGUCCAAUCCGCGUGAAGUAGAGAACGCUACUUGGAUGCUAACCGUGUUUCAGUGCUUUGGGCAAUACUUCUGCCUCCAUUUUGAGGCGUUCCAGCUCGGGAUGGGUCCGGUAUACAUGGCGUUCCUGAGAUUCAUGGGGGACGAGGAAGAAGCACGGAGCUACAGCUACAGCUUGGAAGUGGGAGGCAGUGGGAGGAAGCUAACAUGGGAAGGAACACCGAGAAGCAUCAGAGAUAGCCACAGGAAAGUAAGAGACAGCAACGACGGUCUCAUCAUCCAGAGGAACAUGGCUCUCUUCUUCUCCGGUGGAGAUAGGAAAGAGCUUAAACUUAGAGUCACCGGUAAAAUCUGGAAAGAGCAACACAGUCCAGAUUCUGGGCUUUUCAUGCCGAACCUAUCUUCCUAAUCAUUCAUGCUUUCUCCUUUUUUUCUCUCUCUCUCUCUCUCCGAGAACGAAAGUUGUAUGAUGGAUUUGUUUACACGCUCUUCUUCUUUGUCUGUAUCUAAAACGUAUCUUGAAUGAAUGAAUGAAUGUGUUUGAUCUUA